UGGUGGUAAACCUACAGUGCCCUACUACACAGAUCUGUGUCUCCAAGUGCCCAGAAAAGUUUCUAACCUACAUGGAAAUACAAUUUUCAUACAGAACAAACAAACACUAUUGGACAUACUACAGCCAAUUCUGCAAAUCCCCUUUUGUUAAGCCUGUGAAGACUCUCUCACAAGUCUUACUGGAUGAUGACUGUCCAACAGCAAUUUUUCCAAGCAAACCAUUUCUCCAGAGAUGUUUCCCUGACUUCACUACUAAAAAUGGCACUUUGACAGUAGGAAAUAAAACAACAUUUGAAGAUGGAAGUGGAAAAACAAGAAAUGCUAUAGAACUCAGGACAGCUGCAAAUCGUGUCAAUAAAAUCCUUGAUGCAAGGGCAAUUGGAAUGAAAGUAUUUGAAGACUAUGCAACAACUUGGUAUUGGAUUCUCAUUGGCCUGACUAUCGCCAUGCUCCUCAGUUGGAUGUUUGUGAUACUCCUGAGGUUCAUAGCUGGAUUCCUUUUCUGGGUCUUCAUGGCGGGUGUGAUUGGAAUUAUAGGUUACGGAAUAUGGUACUGUUACCAGGAAUAUAGCAAUCUUCAGGGACGGCCAAAUUCUCACUUAAGUAUAUAUGACAUCGGAAUUCAGACUGAUAUAAGCAUGUACUUCCAACUGAAACAAACGUGGUUCGCAUUUAUGAUAAUACUCUGCCUUCUUGAAGUGCUUAUCAUCCUCAUGCUGAUCUUCCUCAGGGGACGAAUCUGCAUCUCCAUUGCCCUGCUGAAGGAAGGGAGCAAAGCCAUUGGAUACCUCCCUACUACGUUAAUUUAUCCAGUUUUAACUUUCAUUUUCCUCUCUAUCUGUAUUGCCUACUGGGCAGUGACAGCAAUUUACUUGGCUACAUCAGGGGUACCUAUAUACAAAGUCAUAUCCCCAGAAAGGACAUGUGAACAUGAAAAUACAACCUGUAACCCAGAGAUCUUUAAUACAACUGAAAUUGCCAAAGCUUGCCCUGGGGCUCAGUGUAACUUUGCUUUCUAUGGUGGAAAGAGCCUGUACCAUCAGUAUGUCCCUACCUUCCAGAUUUUCAAUCUAUUUGUCUUUCUCUGGCUUAUAAACUUUGUCAUUGCACUGGGUCAGUGUGCCCUUGCUGGUGCCUUUGCUUCUUAUUACUGGGCCUUGAAAAAACCUGAUGACAUCCCACCAUAUCCACUUUUUACUGCAUUUGGGCGAGCCAUACGUUAUCACACAGGAUCCCUAGCAUUUGGAUCUUUAAUUCUUGCAUUAGUUCAAAUGUUUAAAUUCAUCCUAGAAUACUUGGACCGCCGUCUGAAAGAGGCCCAGAACAACGUUUGUAAAUUUCUCCAGUGCUGCCUAAAAUGCUGUUUCUGGUGUUUGGAAAGAAUGGUAAAGUUUUUUAACAGAAAUGCCUAUGUUAUGAUUGCAAUAUAUGGCAAAAACUUCUGCAGGUCAGCAAGAGAUGCUUUCAAUCUGCUGAUGAGAAAUGUUUUAAAAGUUGCAGUUAUGGAUAAAGUUACAGACUUUGUACUAAUCCUGGGGAAAAUUCUAGUUGCUGGAUGUAUAGGUGUGCUGGCCUUUUUACUCUUCACACACAGAUUGCCAACAAUGAUAGAAGGACCGACAUCUUUAAAUUACUACUGGGUACCUUUGCUGACUGUCAUUAUUGGAUCUUACCUAGUUGCCCAUGGAUUCUUCAGCGUCUAUGCAAUGUGUAUUGAUACAAUUUUCAUCUGCUUCUUGGAAGAUAUAGAAAGAAACGAUGGUUCUCCUGAAAGGCCCUAUUACAUGAGUCAGUCUCUGCUGAAGAUUUUGAACGAGCCAAAUAUGCAAACUAAGAAGCAUUAGAAGUGCAAACUGUGGUCAUCCUGCAGCGCGAACUAACAUGGAUAUUGAAGACU